AAUAACAUAACCUGUUAACUUCAUAAAUCGUUGAAUAAGAAGAUGAACGCUGUUGUAUUUUGCACUACCUUUCUUGUCCCUGCCAUGGGAUUUUUAUUCGAUGGGAAUUCUCCUGGGCAUGAACCAGGACCGGGGGUUGAAAGAUUCCCAAGAGACUGUCAGGAUAUUCUUCGGGAAGGAUGCUCAGAAAGCAAAGUAUAUAAAAUCUAUCCCCAGGGGUCGGGAGAACUGGACGUCUUCUGUGACCAACACACGGACGGGGGAGGGUGGACGGUCAUACAGAGGAGAUAUGAUGGAGUAAUCGACUUCUUUAGAACAUGGAAAGACUACAAAUAUGGUUUUGGGAACAAGUCUGGCGAAUAUUGGCUAGGAAAUCACAUAAUCUACGAAAUAGUGCAACAGGGCUUUUAUGAAUUGCGAAUAGACAUGGCUGACUUUAAUAGUGAAAGCAGAUAUGCUGUGUACAAACGAUUUUAUAUUGGGGGUGAAACAACUGGUUACCAAUUACAUGUAGAAGACUACGAGGGGACGGCAGGGGAUUCAUUAACCAGUCAUCAUGGAUCCCAGUUUCGCACAAAAGACCGUGAUAAUUCAAUGUCUUGUGCUGCAACGUUUAAAGGAGGUUGGUGGUAUAAGACCUGCCACGACUCCAACCUAAAUGGACAAUAUCUUAAUGGAAGCCAUCAGUCAUUCGCGGACGGCAUCAACUGGAAGGCAUGGCAUGGGUACUAUUACUCCUUGAAGGCCACGGAAAUGAAGAUUAGAAGACUGUGAAAUAUUUGUUCGAUUUAUUCCUAACUUUAUUUAUGUGUAUAUUAUUAUUAUAAAUAAAUCUCGCUGCAGUCUACAGACAUGUGUUAAUAACUUCGUGAAAUUAUGCAUGACUAAUUUAACAAGCAUGAAAUUGAUGAAACUUU